AUGGGGACGGACGUUGAACUGGAGCUUGCGUCGCCAGUGGUUGCGGAGGGGGCGCUUUCUCCAGCGGUUUCGAGGUCGUCUGUGGCGGAGGUGGAGACAUCUCCCGCAGCAACGGAGGCAACGGAAGCUGUGGCUGGAGAGGUUAGAAGUGAAGAGGUUAGAAGUGAAGAGGUUAGGAGUGAAGAGGUUAGGAGUGAAGAGGUUAGGAGCGGUGUGGAUUCAGAGAUUGGUACCGUGACUGGUCGGCGGUCGUUUAGUCGUUUAGAAUGUGGUUGGUCAGUGUGGGAGAUCCGGAAAGUGGCUCCGAAGUAUCGGCAACAGGAAACCGCGGAGUAUGCGACGUGCUUGACAUUGGUGGAUAGUUUCCACAGUGUGCAAGGAUUCUUCGCUAGUUGCCGGACACAUAGUGCAGACGAUUAUUUGCAUGGUGAGAAGAGUCUGGCGGUGUUCCGGGCGAGACGGAAACCUAUGUGGGAGUACUUCCCACGGGGCGGCAGAGUGGUAUUACGACUACGUGCGGAAGGGAUGGCUACUCUCCGAACCGUCUGGGAGGAGAUGCUUUUAUUGCUCGUGGGAGAGAACUUCUGCAGUCCCUGCGUUGUAGGCGCCAUGCUUAACGUCAAGUCCGCCAGGGAAGCGUCUUUGAGCUACUGGCUUUCGGAAGACUCACUUCACGGCCAUGUCAAAGCCACCCUGCGCACAAUUCUCACCGGCAACGACGUCAUACAAUGCCUGCCUUUCAAGAGCCUUAAAAAGAGCAGACCCAGACGAGUAAUCGGCACCACUGUCAACGACUGUGGACAGGAUGCCGAAUGCACAGAUGUCACGGGUGUGGAUGUGGAACCGACAGGACUGGAACAUGUGGAACACCCUGUGGACGCAUAG